GCGAGUUGUAAGUGAGCGGCGGGAAUUUAAUACAGUGAACGUAAGAGUAACCGUAAAGCUGAAGCCCUUCCAGGUGAACAAGACUCCCGGCUCGUUUUUGGAGUAGUGCUGUUCUCCGGUUCUCUAAAAAGAGCCGGAAUUCCCAACACUAUUUUGGAGUUCUGUCGUUGUGUGAGUGACAGGGGGGCGGGGUUAUCCACGAGCAGAUACCGCUCGUGCCUGGAGCUUUUCACUGUUCCUCUGUGCUCGCGGACCACCGACUCCCUCACGAGCACUGAGGAAUGUUCAUUCAAACGGGGUUUUAAAUUAAAAGCAGACAAAACAAAACCAGCGCUCUUCAUCUGACACUAAAAUUAUACAACCGAGAACAGGAGGGAGCGAUUGUUUCAAUCGAUCGGUGCUACAGAGAAAGUUCGAGAACCGCCGCUGGAUUGAACGUAAGGCUGACAGUAAUGGAUCUUCGCCCAGUUUACCUGUGGCUCCUGGCGGUGAUUGUGGAGGCAGACGGACCAGGGGCCAACAGGUUGGUGGUUGUGGUUGAAGGGAGCAACGCCACCUUGCCCUGUUCCCUCAUCACCCAGGAGAACAUAGAGUCAGAGCUGUUUGACUGGAGGAAGGACCGUCACAUGGAGGUCUUCCUGUAUGAUAGAGGCAGUCAUUACAAUAAAGGCCGCCCAGGUCAAGAUGACCAGUUCAAAGGUCGUGUCUCACAUUUUGAAGAAGAACUGAAGCAUGGAAACGCCUCCAUAGUCAUCAGAAGCACAAAGGUGGCUGACAGCGGAAACUACACCUGUGACUUCCCACAUCACCGGCCACGCAGAAAAACAUUUUAUAUUUCUCUUGUUGUCAAUCGUGACUCACAGCAUCCUGCCUUAACAGAGCGGUCAGGAGAAAUCAGUGGUGCGGCUCCAAAGCCGUACACCAGGAUCGUUAAUGUCACGAAGAGCGGGGUGCUGCUGAUGUGUGAGGUACUCAGAGCCUAUCCCAUGCCUACGCUGGAGUGGCAGGACAGCGAUGGAAACGUCCUCCCUGCUGAGCAACACGUCUCAGAAAGAGGGGGCUACUACUCCGUCAGCCUCCUCACCACUGUGAACAGGACCAAAACCAAAGUAUUCCACUGUGCAGCCAAGCAGGAGGCCAUCGGCCACAUGACCAAGGCUGACAUCUAUGUUCCUUUCUGUGGUGAGAUUCCUUUUAUUAGUCUUUUAAAUGCAAAGAGACUGUGAUGGACACUGAAUGAAACCC